GCUUUUCUUGUAUAAUUGUUCAUAGGAUGUUUUUGUUUCCCUUAGUAUAAAUUACUGUCCCAUCAUUACACUCCAAUCUUCAUAUAAUCUUGCGAAUUAAAUUCCUAGAUUCUAAAGUACAAAAUAAUGUGAAGGUUUUUCGCCUUCUUGAAAACAUCUAGCUCUACUUCUUUCAAAAAUACCUUGUAGCUAUCUUUUCUAAUGUUUUCUAAUUCUUGUUUUUGUUUAUUACACAUUUCAUCAACACUGCUGUCACUUGUAAACAUUUUUUUUUUCUAGUAAUUUGAUAUUUUCUUUUGAUUCUUUUUUCUCCUCUUCUUUGUUUUUGAUUAAUGCUGCAUAAGAGAUAGUUUUACCUCUUAUUUCUAAAAGCAAAGUUUCUAAAAAAAAAGAAAAAGUUGAUAGUUAAUUGAGAAGGAAAUGUCUGCAUCAGAUAUAUUAUGUGUUAUCAAAAUUUUAUACAGGGCUUCCAUACUGUUUCUUCACUUCUAGAAUAAUAUUUUAAUACAGUCUAAAUAGUUUUUAAUGUGAAGAUUUUUAUAAAUCAGAGAAAUGUGUGAAGAUUUUCCCUUUUCAUGAAAGAUUAAGUCAGGUAAACACGCGUUGAACUGUUUAUCGUCGAUCUACAGGAAUGGGCUAUCUAUUACACUUAAUUCUAAGAUAAGGAGAUUGGGUCGUCCUGAGCUUGGUUUUCGAAAAUGCUAAAACACCACAACCUAGCUUCAUUGCUAUUACUCAGUUGUCUGGUUAUUCGAACGAAGGCCCAAGGAAGUUGUGAAAAUACGAUUCUAGAAAAUCUUAAGGACACACUGAAUAUAUCGUCGUCUCGAUCUUCACAUUACUUCGCAAAAGAAGUGCUGGAAACUUUUUUCUUACAAGCCAAUGGGCGGAACAAAUUCAACGUCACGAAGGCACACAGAUGUAGGGACAAGUCACUGACAUAUGAAAAGUUUUUAGAUAGAACUAGCCGACAUUUGUCAAAGCGUAGUGUGUGUGGCAACUCCUACUAUAAGAUUAGUGUUGCUGCUCUCGCCAUUUAUCUACACCUGGACAGAUACAUAUGUGGCGAACACAGUGAGCAGUAUCACUUGUAUUUGGACCAAAUCAAACGACUGGAUCCAAUGUACGCGCUGAGCCGUCACAUCCACCACAACAAAAAUAAAUCAACAUCUGGUGACCACCAGUGUCUUAACAAGGUUAAGCUACAGAGGAUGGUAUCUAUGAUUCUGCAGGAACAACCCCACUCUCAGCGUCAGCACCUCAAACAUCGUGCACUAAAUAAUCUAACCUUAGAGGCGGGAAUUUCAAAGGAAAGCAUUUCCUCUCGAUCACCCUUAAUCUCCUCCUCACAAUCACCUGUUACAACGACCACCUUGCUGGAAUCUGAAAAAGAUUUUGCGACAGAAAACCUUUGGCUGAAUUUCAUGAACGGUUACCAUAAUGAUACAGAUAUACACUGCUUUCUUCCUAACAAUAGCACCCGUACAUUCUGCGUGGGACUUAUCGCUAAUCAUACAUUUUCGCCGUUUCAUUGCUCUAAAGUAAAGGAAUCAAACGUUUACAAAUGUGCCAAAUACAAACAAAAUGUGCAAUCCAACCCCCCUAAUAAAACAUUACUUCUUGCAAUUGUUUCAUCAUUUAGCACAGAAAAUAUUGAACAUAUGAUUCAGUUUGCUGAAAAAAUGGAUUUGACAAUUUAUUCUCUUAACACCCUUCCUUGGGUUGUUAAGUACCAAAGCUGUAAGCCAAUGAAAAUCGUUGUAAACCAGAUAUUUUCAACAAGUGAUGCCCAUGAUAUUUCGGAUGGUAUUUCGUCAGAAACAUCUCUUUCCAAAGAUAAGCUCAAAGCAAAACCUCUACCACAGACGCCAGUGCAGAAAGGAGACAAUGAAAGGAAAAACACCCAGCACUCAAACCAUAACUACAUGAAUAACAAUCACAAUCACAUGACUGAAAAGGAAAUUAGCGCAGGAAUUCUAGUAUAUGCAGUAAUUAAAAAUUAUAUUUUACAGCCUCGUGAUCUUCCGUGUCCUUCCGAUGUUCUUCACCAGUUAUACACUUAUUAUAAACCUCCAGAAUCUCAAUUUCUCAGUGUCAAAGAUUUACAGAGAGGAAUUCAAUCAUUUUUGGAUGACAAGUCAGUACUAAAUCAUGUUCCAUCUCAUUCCCACCACAAGAGAUAUCUAACGAAGGAUACGCAGCUCCAUUCACACAUGAAGAAAAGGGAACAAAGAUCACCUAACCAUGUCCAUGUUUCAUCAUCUCAUGUACCAUUGUCUUCGUUCAAACACAAGCCACAUGACCCACAUCAUUCAAUCCCAUUAAUUAAUGACCCUCCAUUUGAAUCCACUCACCCACCACCACAUGGCCACAUGCGCCCGCCACCACCACCUGCGCACGCAUCCGAGCAUCAUGGUCAUCCACCACAAACUCAUGGUCGUUCUAGUCCUUGCUCCCGCUUGUUCGCACCCUUAUAUAACGACAGGCAUGAUCACCGCGGAGAGAAACUGAAAGCGAUGAAAUGGAAUAUAAGUGAUGUGCCCGACAUCUAUUUCGGCAGUUCAAGAGUACUAUUGAGUCUGCAAGAUCUCCAGGAAAUGACGCCGGCUCUUCUGUUGCUGUUGAUGGAAAGGAAAGGCGAUACCUCGUUACAUAAAGAUGAUGUGACAUACAUGCAAAGUUAUGGACUAGGGACACUGUGUGUGGUGUUUCUCAGCUUGGCCUCAGUUCUGGGAGCAAUAUUCAUUAAGAUAACAGGAACCAAGAGGAAGGCGUACCUCCUGUCCUUUAUGUUGGCUCUUUCUGUAGGAUGUCUGCUGGGAGACGCAGUUUUUCACCUCCUUCCUUCUACAAUGGGUGUACACGAGGAAGUUAAUUUAGAAAAGCUUUUGAUCCUUCUGGUGACCAUGUACGGAUUCUUUUUUAUGCAACUCAUCGUCAGCGUGUUCCACAGGAACCAUGACCAUUCCCAGAUAUUCCAUAAGGAGAGUAAAAAAUCUCAUGAAUUUGAAAUUGCCAAAAAUGAAAUUUUAGAACUCGAAAAUAAGGCAAGGCAAAAUGAAAUAGUGCUAAACAACAUUCUGAAGGAGGACAAACCAAUGGAACGACAAGAAUCGAAUGAAAGCCAGAAGGAUUUGACAAUCGAGGAGUGUCCUUCUGAAUCCAACGUCUCUACGAACGACAGAGAUAUUAUUCCCGCAGUGUGGAUGGUUAUCAUUGGUGACUGUGUACAUAACUUUGCUGAUGGUCUCGCCAUUGGUGCCACCUUUACACAGAGUUUAACGGAAGGCUUGUCUACAUCCAUAGCAGUGUUAUGUCAUGAGAUACCACACGAACUCGGUGACUUUGCUAUCUUGCUGGCCGCUGGUUUCACAGUAAAGAAGGCGAUUAUGGUGAAUUUGCUGUCUAGUAUCACAGCCUUUAUUGGCCUCUACAUAGGGAUUUCUGUAGGCGCAGAAUUUAGGAUCUGGAUCAUUGCUGCUGGCAGCGGAAUGUUUCUCUACAUCUCUAUGGUCACAAUGAUCCCGGAACUGCUUCGUCUAUUCAGAAACAAUACCUGUAAGGAAAUGUUCUUUGCCCUGAAUUUGGGUUACAUAUUUGGAGUUGUUGCCAUGUUGCUUUUAGCCAUCUACGAAGAGGAAUUGAAGAUUGUAUAAUUUUCAUUGUUUGAAACGUUGUACGGAGGUGAAUCCGAAUCAGAGAGCGAAAAAUCAUUUGAGAAAGCUAAAAAUCGUUUCAAUAGCAUGUAUUUUUAGUUAAACAAAAGUGUGAUAUUAUGAAUUUUUGAAAGAAAAAAUUAUGACUUUGAUACGUAUGUACCAGAGCUGUAUUCACUAUGGAAGAUUUGAAACUAUUUACAUAACUGUAUUUCUCUCUGAAAAAAAAAAGCAAAUAUUCCCGCUGGAUGUAUUGACGAGUGACAGCUUCUUAGCCAGCAACAAGCAGCCUGACCACAAAAAGAUCUCAUUGAUAUAGACUUGAAAAUUUCUACAGUAAAGUCAAUUCACGCAAAAUGGGUUAUAACUGUUCAUGAAAGAAUCGCAAUAGACACCACUUUAUCAUACACGUGUAUAAAGCAACUGCAAUAAUUGGACUCUGAAAUUUUUAAAGUGUGUACCUGAUAAUCUUGUGUAAAUAUGCUUGAAUUAUAACAGAACCCCCAAAGUAAUUAAAGUAUUACGAUUG